GGGGGCGGGGCCUUCCUCCAAUCAGCAGCGCUCCAACAUGGCUCCGCGUCUGUGCAGCAUCUCUGCGGCGGCUCGGCGGCUGCUGGGACGCCCGGGGCCCGGGGGCCGGGACGUUGCGGCUGUGGCUGCAGCGCGCUUCUAUUCCAAGGACAAUGAAGGCAGCUGGUUCCGUUCUCUGUUCGUACACAAGGUGGAUCCCCGGAAGGACGCCCACUCCACCCUGCUAUCCAAGAAGGAGACCAGCAACCUCUACAAGAUCCAGUUUCACAAUGUGAAGCCCGAGUAUCUGGAUGCCUACAACAGCCUGACGGAGGCUGUGCUGCCCAAGCUGCACCUGGAUGAGGAUUACCCCUGCUCACUCGUGGGCAACUGGAACACAUGGUACGGGGAACAGGACCAGGCAGUGCACCUGUGGCGAUUCUCAGGUGGCUACCCAGCCCUCAUGGACUGCAUGAACAAGCUCAAAAACAACAAGGAGUACCUAGAGUUCCGAAAGGAGCGGAGCCAGAUGCUGCUGUCCAGGAGGAACCAGCUGCUCCUCGAGUUCAGCUUCUGGAACGAACCACAGCCUAGAGACGGCCCCAACAUCUACGAGCUGAGGACGUACAAGCUCAAGCCGGGAACCAUGAUCGAAUGGGGGAACAACUGGGCUCGGGCCAUCAAGUACCGGCAGGAGAACCAGGAGGCAGUGGGCGGCUUCUUCUCGCAGAUAGGAGAGCUAUACGUUGUGCACCAUCUCUGGGCCUAUAAAGACCUGCAGUCUCGGGAGGAGACCAGAAAUGCUGCCUGGAGGAAGAGGGGCUGGGACGAAAAUGUCUACUACACAGCUGGUGUGUGGGAGAAUGCAUCUCCUGAAGGAGUUAGCGGGAGCCUCGCUCUUCCUAGUGUGGUCCCAAAUGACAGUGUCAGCAUCCCCUGGAAGCUUGUUAGAAAUGCCCAAUCUCAACCCCCUACCUCCCCGCACUGAAUCAAGAUCUGCACUUGAACGAGAACUGUAGUCCCCCUGGUUCGACACAUGGAGUCUCGGAUCAUGAUCCCUUUGAAGAUCUCACCUCUCCAGUGAUGCUGCCGCUGCCUCCACCUCCUCCCACCUCUCCCUCAGGGUAGCCAUGGACAGAGGAGAUCCCAGCCCUGAUGUCUUGGUUUUCUCUCAGACUCUGUGGACUCUGGGAGUAGUGCUCAGCUCAGAGAAGGGGGAGCUGAAGGAUGAUGGGGUUCUGAGGACUCGCAGCCCUGUCCAGACCCUUCCCACCUUCCCCGCACACCCGUUCCCCUUGCUGGAAGCAGUUGUUAAUUUCUCUGAAUGAAGAACAGCAACCUUU